AUGGGCUUCCCCGAACAAUGGGUGACGCUCAUUGAAAGGUGCAUUGGAUCUUGUUGGUUUUCGAUUCUUAUUAAUGGGGCGCCGGCAGGCUUCUUCAAAUCCACCCGUGGACUAAGGCAAGGGGAUCCCAUCUCCCCCGCCGUCUUCGUUCUAGUGGCGGACUAUCUCUCGAGACUACUUGAUAAACUCAUCCUUGGCAACAAAGAGAUGACAUUCAAAGCAACCCGGGGAAGUAUUGAGAUCAACCACCUUGCCUAUGCGGAUGACAUCAUCAUCUUCACGCAAGCGGCAGUGCCUUCGGAGGCUUCGUGGCUGUCUGGAUCACUAUGCCGAGGUGUCUGGUCAGCAAAUCAACCUCUACAAGAGUAA